AUGCCGCCCCGCAUCUCGUUUUCGUCGCCGUUCAAGGCCUUUACGGGUUCUUCCCAUGUACAGAGCCCGUUGUCGGCCUUCUCUCUUCAACCAUGCAAAACCACCAUUCGUGCCGGGUCCUUUGAGGCCAGAGAAAGGAGGAAACAUGACCCCUUCCUCAUGGCUCUGUCUCGGCAGCGCAAAGCCGCCAAUUUGUCCCGCCAGCAAACCCUCCGCGAAGAGCGCGAAGCCGCGUUAGGCGACCCUGUCAAAAGCAAACCAACUCCGUUUAUCCAGUCCAUCCAGGCAAUUCAGAACCCCCAGUCGACCCAGAAUGAGUUGUCGACUGAAGGUGGCGCUCCAUCCGAUGCUCUCAAUUACUUCGUCAGUCGGCCGGAGCUCCAGGAUGCCCUCGAGUACUCCAAAGAGCUUACAUCUCCCGUUGAGAACCCGGUGCGAGAAACGGCCGAUCCUCAACUGGAGAAGGAGGCUGCGGAGAGACACCUGCAGGAACAUCGCAAUGCGCAAGAAGCCAUUAAGCGCAUCGUCAGUCUUUCCAACGGGAACUCGAAAGAUCGCCUGAGGGUGGUUAUCCAAAAGUGCAUUGAAACAUUCGGACGACACAACACAGACAAAUUCCUUCCCCCAAAGCCAGCUGCCGCGGUGCAAUCAUCACAUCCGGAAAAGACACCCCGAGCUGGGCCUGACACCGGCUCUCCCGAGGUGCAAGUCGCCAUAUUGACCGCGAAGAUCUUGAACCUGUCUAGGCACCUGGAGACGAUCGGGAAGAGAGACAAGCACAACAAGCGGAACCUGCGACUCUUAGUACACAAGAGGCAGAAGCUUCUCAAAUACUUGAGAAGGAAGGAACGAGGCGGCCCCCGGUGGCAAAACCUUAUGGAGACUCUCGGGUUGUUCGAUGCAGCUUGGAAAGGCGAAAUCAGCUUGUAG